AUGUCAAAUCAACAACAACAACAACAAAAACAACAACUAUCAGUGUUUGAUAGGGAGUUGAGUGAUUCCAAUAAUCUAUCUGAUUAUUUAGUGUAUGGAAAUGCCUCGAAACAGAAACUAUCGAUUGCACAACAACGUAUAGCGCUGCCUAUCUUCCAGUUGCGUCGUCAGAUACUCUAUCUGCUGGAGACCUACCAGACGUUGGUGGUGGUCGGCCAGACCGGCUGCGGAAAGACAACGCAACUGCCGCAGUACCUAGUGGAGAGUGGCUGGGCAGAUGGCGGGCGAAUGAUAGUCUGCACACAGCCACGUCGUGUCGCGGCAAUGAGCGUGGCGACGCGUGUCGCCGAGGAGAUGUCGACGCCGCUCGGUGAGCGCGUUGGCUAUGCCGUUCGCUUUGAGGAGUCGAUCAACGCGCGAACCACCCAAAUCAAAUACUGCACCGACGGUAUGUUGAUUCGCGAGAUGAUGAUCGAUCCACUCUUGCAACGUUAUCCGGUGGUGAUGAUCGACGAAGCUCACGAACGCACGCUGGCAACCGACGUUCUCAUGGGUCUACUAAAGAAGGUGCAACAGCGACGACCCGAUCUCAAGAUAAUAGUGUCGUCCGCCACUCUAGAUGCCGAAGAUAUGUUUAACUUUUUCAACCAGAGGAAACAUGCAAACAACGACGUCGACGUCGACAAAGAUACGGCAACGAUCAUCUCAAUCGAUGGGAGAAACUACCCGGUGGAUAUUCACUACCUGACGAAACCAACACUGAAUUACUUGGAGACGACGGUAACAACGAUCGUCGACAUUCACAAUACACAGCCACCCGGCGACAUUCUGGUUUUCCUCACCGGUCAAGAGGAAAUCGAGAGAAUCAAACAUAGUUUGGACGAACGACUGUCAUCUGAGACUUCGAUUACUAUCGAUGGAAUCAGCUAUGUUGUCGACAGUGGAUUCGUAAAGAUAAAGACGUACAACGGACACUCGGGACUCGAGUCGUUGGUGGUUGUGCCGACGAGUCAGGCGUCGGCCAACCAGCGGGCAGGUCGUGCCGGUCGUAACAAGCCGGGCAAGUGCUACCGUCUCUACACACAGGACGACUACACGAAGCUGCUGGAACAGCAGACCCGACCAGAGAUACAGCGAUCGAGUCUAACCGCGUUGGUUCUACAGUUGAAGUCACUGGGUAUCGAUAAUGUGCUGAACUUUGACUUUGUAUCGCCACCGCCACUCGAAGCGAUGACUCGCGCACUCGAGAUACUCUAUGCGUUGGGUGCGCUCGAUGACGACGCGCGACUCACCACACCGAUAGGACAUAUCAUGUCAGAGUUCCCUGUGGAUCCGCAAUUCGCGCGAAUGAUCAUAGCAAGCGCUGACUAUGGUUGUAGCGAGGAGAUUGUUAGUAUCACAGCGAUGCUUAGCAUUCAAGGUCUAUUCGUAAAUCAAAACAAUCAUAGUAGUCAACGUCAUCAAUUCACAGUUAAAGAAGGUGAUCAUCUAACUUUAUUAAAUAUUUAUAAUCAAUUCAUUAAAAGAAAAUCAGAUUCGAAUUGGUGUCAUGAACAUCAAUUGAAUUACAAGGCAAUGUUGAGAGCUAUACAAGUUCGGAAACAACUGGUUGCCUACACAAAGAAAUAUGGUAUAAAGUUGGUAUCUUGUAUUUUGAAUAGUAAGAAUAUCGAUGUGACAGUACCCAUUAGGAAAUCGAUUGUCACUGGAUUCUUUACGAAUGCUGCACAUCUUCAAUCCGAUGGUUCAUAUCAAACAAUAAAAGAUAAACAUGUAAGAAAAAGAAAUAAUAAUUAA